AUGGCGGGCUUUGGCCACCUCUCCCCGAGGCCAUAUCGGGACCUCUGGGAGCCCGCGCCAGCACACGGAGGGAUGGGCGGCCCGGCACCCAAAACCGAGCCAGCCCUGGACUCCUGGGCCAGGACUGCGGGCGCCGAGAGGGAAGCGGCAGCAGCCUGGCUACACCGGAGCUCUUCGCCCUCAGCGACACGGACUCGUGAGCGGGCGUGCAGUGCCUCGCCACGGGAGAGCCGCAGUCUCACCGACGUGACCCCAAGGCCGCCCGAUCGCGCCAGGAAGCACCCAUCCCGCAGCCGGCGCCUAGAAGAGGCCUGGGGUGAGACAGGGGGCAAGUCCAGGCAGGCCUGGCAGCAAGCAUCCUCGCCGCAACCGCAACAGUCGCAUCCCUGUCGGCACUGUAACCCGGCCCAGGGAGACUCGCCGCCACCGUACCCCAGCGGAACUUACACUCCCUUGAGUGUCGAAACUUUCGGGGGAGGAAAGGUGCCGAGCGGAGACCAGUGGGCAGUGCGUACGUGCGGACAAGGGGGUCUCUGGUCGACUUCCCCAGUUCCCACCGAGAAAUCUUUCGUGCCUUCCCAAGAGUUUAGGACACAGGCCUGUACAUGCCCCCAGAAGCGAGCGGGUAGCGAUCGGGCGGAGUCGGUGGGCAGUCGCGGCUCGCAGCCCUCUGUGUCCAGCAGGGACACGCAGAGCCAGCACAGCCAGGCUCUCACUAGCACGCUGCAGGAGGCGGUGAUGUCCUCGCGCGACCAGAAGAUUGUGGCCCUGGUGCUGACCCGACUCAAGAAGGCGCAGAGGAUGCGGGAACUGCAGCAGCAGGCGGCCCUCGCCUGGGAGGAGCUGAAACAAUCCGACCAGAAGGUGCAGGUGACCCUGGAGCGGGAGAGACAACUGCUACUGCAACAGAGCCAGGAGCAGUGGCAGGAGAAGGAACAGCGAAGGACCCACGGGCGCCGCGAGCCGCACAGCCUCAGGCGCAGCAGCCCCGGGAAGAACAGGAUCCUUGCGGAAAACAGGUGGAAGGCGCCGCAGGACGACCAGGAGAACCAGCGCCAGGAGCAGCCCGAAGGCGCGCGCUCCCAGGCCGAGCACCCCAAGCAGGGCCAGGUGCAGCGCCUGCGGGAGCAGGAGAAGCAGGUACAGCGCCUGCGGGAGCACAGCAGCGUGCAGCUGCAGCGGAGGCUGGAGGAGGCUUCUCACAAAAGGCACCAGCACACUGUGGAGGACCAGAAAAAGAUCCAGAACAGCAACCUGAGCUCCUUGGUCAACUACCAGGCCCGUAAGGUGCUCCUGGACUGCCAGGCCAAGGCUGAGGAGCUGCUUCGGAAGCUGUCCCUGGAGCAGAGCUGCCAGCAGUCCCAAGAGCUCCAGCAAUGCCUGAUGAAGGAGCGGUACCGGGUACUGAGGGAGAAGGCCCGGAAGGAGGCGGAGCAGUUCCAGCAGGUCAGGUGGCGCGCAGGAGAGGAGGAAGAGCAGAGGAAGGUGCGAAAGAGGGUGCUGGGGGAACUGAGCGACCAGAAGAUCCGGCAGGCCCGGAACCGGGCUCACAAGAGCGCCAGUGACAAGGUGCAGCACCUCCGCGAGCUGCACGCGCUUCGGGAGAAAAACCACCAGGUCCUGAAGCUAAGGGCGGAGAAGGAGGAGAAGUGCCACGUGGAGGGCAUCAAGGAAGCCAUUAAGAGGAAGGAGCAGAGGAUGGAGCAGAUGGCCCGAGGGAAAGACCCAGCCUUGCAGGACUUCCACAAUGUACCUCGGGUCUGCAGGAGAGACGACUCCAGGGAGCUGCCCAACAACCACUACGAUCCAGCGGCCCCGGAAGCCCAGCCACGUGGCGGGUCACAGAGGGGACGCUACUGA